UCGGCACGUGCGAGUGGGAGGCGGGAGACGCUGUCGUGCCAAAACCCUUCGCUCCUCACUCUCCCUCUCUCUCAAAACCAGAGCGGCGCGAAAGGAGAUCGGGACUAGGGUUUCCCAUUCUCGGCGGGAAGGUUGGGCCAGAGCAACCGGAACAUUUGGUGGCCGCCUGUCUUUUCCGGCUACCGGAGAAGAUGGCGAUCGUAGCUCAAACGCCCGAUAUAAUGGGGGAGCGCCAAUCCGGGCAAGACGUUCGCACUCAGAACGUGGUUGCUUGCCAAGCCGUCGCGAACAUUGUCAAGUCGUCCCUCGGGCCCGUCGGUCUUGAUAAAAUGUUAGUUGAUGAUAUUGGAGACGUUACUAUUACUAAUGAUGGAGCAACAAUACUCAAAAUGUUAGAAGUGGAACACCCUGCUGCAAAGGUGCUGGUAGAGUUGGCUGAACUUCAAGAUCGUGAAGUUGGAGAUGGGACAACAUCAGUGGUCAUCGUAGCUGCUGAGUUGUUGAAGAGAGCAAAUGAUCUUGUGAAAAGUAAGAUCCAUCCAACAUCCAUAAUCAGUGGUUAUAGACUUGCUAUGAGAGAAGCUUGCAAAUAUGUAGAUGACAAGCUAGCAGUCAAGGUUGAGAAGUUGGGAAAAGAUUCACUUAUAAAUUGUGCCAAGACAAGCAUGUCUUCCAAGCUAGUUUCCAGUGACUCUGACUUUUUCGCAAACAUGGUUGUUGAUGCUGUUCAAGCAGUUAAAAUGACUAAUGACAAAGGGGAAGUUAAAUACCCGAUCAAGGGGAUCAAUAUUUUGAAAGCUCAUGGGAAAAGUGCGAAGGACAGUUACCUGCUAAAAGGUUAUGCUUUAAAUACAGGACGUGCUGCACAAGGAAUGCCUACAAGAGUAGCCCCAGCAAGAAUUGCCUGUCUUGAUUUCAAUCUUCAGAAGACCAAGAUGCAGCUUGGUGUCCAAGUGUUGGUUACUAAUCCUAGGGAACUUGAAAAAAUUCGCCAAAGGGAAGCUGAUAUAACAAAAGAGCGUAUUCAGAAACUUCUAAAAGCUGGAGCUAAUGUGAUUCUAACAACUAAGGGCAUUGAUGACAUGGCGCUCAAGUACUUUGUAGAAGCGGGUGCUAUUGCUGUCAGGCGUGUUAGAAAAGAUGAUUUACGUCAUGUGGCCAAGGCAUCUGGUGCAACUCAGGUUCUCACAUUUGCUGACAUGGAAGGGGAAGAGACAUUUGAUCCUUCAUUUCUUGGAUAUGCUGAUGAAGUAGCUGAGGAGCGUAUUGCUGAUGAUGAUGUCAUCAUGGUGAAAGGAACAAAGAAUACAAGUGCCGUUUCGUUGGUCCUCAGAGGGGCAAAUGAUUACAUGCUUGAUGAGAUGGAGAGAUCGUUGCAUGAUGCCUUGUGCAUUGUCAAGCGAACUCUUGAGUCGAAUGCGGUAGUUGCUGGUGGUGGUGCUGUUGAGGCAGCUUUAUCUGUAUACUUGGAGCAUUUUGCAACGUCACUGGGAUCCAGAGAGCAACUAGCCAUUGCAGAGUUUGCUGAGUCCCUUCUUAUCAUACCAAAGGUGCUUGCUGUCAAUGCUGCAAAAGAUGCAACAGAAUUAGUUGCUAAGUUACGUGCUUACCACCACACUGCACAGACAAAAGCUGAGAAGCAACAUCUCUCUAGCAUGGGUUUGGAGCUGUCGAAAGGAACGGUCCGGAACAAUCUUGAUGCUGGAGUUCUUGAACCAGCGAUGAGCAAAGUUAAGAUUAUUCAGUUUGCAACUGAAGCAGCAAUUACAAUACUUCGAAUUGAUGACAUGAUCAAGCUUGUCAAAGAUGAGCGGGACAAUGAAGAGUAGAGAAACUAAUCGAUGUCCUGUUGGCGGCUAAAACAGUCAGUUUUGUAGGGCAUUGUCGAUGUCAAGUAAUGAGGUGUCAUCAAAGCUGUUGUUGGUGUUAUUGUUUGGUUUUGUGAUAAUAUGUGUUUCACAUUUUUCUUGAUGGUGUGGUAAUUAAUUAUUACGAGGAUUCGGAUUUUGCAGAAAAGAUAUUUCGAGCUGCUUCCUUGGCUGGUGGUAGGAGGUUUUUUAGUGCC